CGAGAAUUGCGAUUGCGAUCAGGGUUUAGACGAAAUCAAAUGGAGACGAUGACUGAGAUCGCGAUUUUGCUUCCAAACAUCGGAGAUGAACGAGAAUUGGAGUCUCCCGGAAGCUCAGGCGCUGCUGCUCCGAUACAGAGUUUUCCGAAGGCUGAUUACAAUCCAUGGGAUGAAGAUGAGAUCGACUCUGUGAUGGAGAAGGAGUACCACCGUCAGUUUGUAGAGUCUGACGGUUUCGAUGUUGGUCACUUUUAUCUUCCGUAUGGUGGUGAACAAGUCCCUCACAUUGUGGAAGACAAGUAUGAUUAUCCAUACGACGUCGGUCUGUUUAGUAGACUUGGACUUCACUGUUACAAUCUUGAGAAGGGAACAAACCUCAAACUGGAUGCUAUAAACAAAUACAACGAUAAGCUGAGGUUCGGUCGGUGUCUCUGUUACCACAUAACGUUGGAGGCCAUUGACACAUCAUCCAGCAACUCUCUUUGCGAUUUUCAGACAUGUGUUUUCAAAGAUUACCUUCCGGGCCAGGCAUCCUUUGUUGCACAGACCGAAAUUUCCAGACUAAAAGUUCCUAGUGGCCCUCGACCUCCUACUUUUACUGGGCCUGAGAGAAGAUGGGUGGAGGAUGGAGUAGAUGAUUAUUACAAAGGUAAAAUGCCCAAGUGGUUGACCAAGGAUGAGAUGGCUGCAAUCAGCAAUAAUGGGCAGUUUUAUGAGUUGCAAGAAUCAGAUUUGCAAGGAAAUGAGUGGCUUCAUAUGUAUGCUGAGUUUGCUUUCCACUAUAAGUGGAUGGCACAUGAGAGUAACCUGAGGCCAUUUUUACCAUUGGAAAUCAAGAAGGUAAUUGUACAAACUAAAGAAGAGUCGGAGCCAUGCAUGAAGCUCAAUGCCAACAAUGCGAUCUUCUACAUUGUCUUCAAAGGCAAUGGCGAUCCGAGUGGUGCUCCUGUGGAGUACCAAGCGGUUGUAAGGAAGACCAUGGAUGGGAUUCCUGGACACAUUUGCUUAGAAGUCGACUGCUUGGCCUACAAAUCCAGUUGAAUGAAUUUUUUAUUUAUUCAGAGGCUAAUGAGAUUUGAUGUGUUUAUUGUCUUUUAGUUUAUCAAAUCUGAUUAAUUAGCAGUAGUGAUAAUAUAGAUUGUCAAAUUCAUAGAGAUCAGUCAAAUGAAAGGAAGUCAU